UGCGCGAGAGUCUCCUCUCCUCAGAACCUCUGCCGCAUCUGUGGCAACGUACCAAGAGGUCAAACAGUUUUACCGGUUACUCAAGGAGAAACAUGCCUUAUAAACAGUAACCCGUUCAACGGAAGUAACCGCAGUCAGUAUUAUAAUAUUCAAGAGCAGGUCUAGUUGCAUUUCCUCUGGGUCAGGCCUUGACAUUAAGGAAGGCCAAAAGGAAUUUAAGCUGGAUAAAAAAAGAAGAAGAUAAAUACAUAACUUUAAACCAGUGGACCUUCAGACCAGUGACUGUCCACCAUGUUGUCCAAGUUGAGAGCAACCUGGUCCCUGAGACCCCGUGUCUCUGUUUGCAGAUGGGCACACACCAAAGAGAAGGGCAAGCCCCUCAUGCUCAACCCUCGCACCAACAAAGGCAUGGCCUUCUCUCUACAGGAACGACAGAUUUUGGGGAUACAUGGUCUGUUGCCUCCCAAAGUGGAGACCCAGGACAUUCAGGCCAUGCGUUUCCAGAAUAAUCUCAAGAAGAUUACUGAUCCCCUGCAGAAGUACGUGUACUUGAUGGGCAUCCAGGAAAGGAAUGAGAGGCUUUUCUAUAGGGUGCUGAUGGAAGACAUCGAAGAACUGAUGCCAGUUGUCUACACUCCCACUGUAGGCUUGGCCUGCACACAGUAUGGACACAUCUUUAGAAGACCCAAAGGCUUGUUCAUCUCCAUUCUGGACAAAGGACACAUCCGUUCCAUCCUAGACAACUGGCCAGAGACUAAUGUUUCAGCAGUUGUAGUAACCGAUGGAGAGCGCAUUUUAGGAUUAGGGGACCUGGGUGUUUAUGGAAUGGGCAUCCCUGUUGGAAAACUUUGCCUGUACACCGCCUGUGCCGGCAUUAGACCUGAGAAAUGUCUGCCUGUGGUGAUAGAUGUCGGCACAGACAAUGAGACUCUCCUGAAAGAUCCGCUGUACAUGGGGCUGUACCAGAAGCGAGAUCGCUCUCAAGCCUACGAUGAUCUGAUUGAUGAGUUCAUGGAAGCUGUGGUGGACAAAUAUGGGCAGGACACACUGAUCCAAUUUGAAGACUUUGGGAACCACAACGCCUUCCGCUUCCUGAGGAAGUACAGGGAGAAGUACUGCACCUUCAACGAUGAUAUCCAAGGCACUGCAUCUGUAGCCCUUGCUGGUCUGUUAGCAGCUCAGAGAGCCAUUGGCAAACCUAUCACUGAACACCGGGUGCUUUUCCUGGGAGCUGGAGAGGCUGCCCUUGGUAUUGCCAAUCUGAUUGUCAUGGCUAUGAUGGAAAGCGGGAUGACGCAAGCUGAAGCCAGAGAAAAGAUCUGGAUGUUCGAUAAACAUGGCUUAAUAGUAAAGGGCAGACCGCAGGAAAUAGACACUAACCAGGAAGCAUUUGUCCAUGAUAGUCCAGGGAAUGCACAAAGCUUCCUAGAUGCUGUCAAUACCAUCAAACCUACAGCUAUCAUUGGUGUGGCAGGAGCUGGACGUCUUUUCACCCAUGAUGUCAUCAGGGCCAUGGGAUCCCUGAAUGAACGACCAAUCAUCUUUGCCCUGAGUAACCCAACCACCAAAGCAGAGUGCACAGCGGAGGACGCCUACACACUCACUGACGGUAGAUGUCUUUUUGCCAGUGGCAGUCCAUUUGGGCCAGUAACUCUGAGUGAUGGCCGUGUCUUCACUCCUGGACAAGGGAACAACGCUUACAUCUUCCCAGGUGUGGCCUUGGCUGUGAUCCUGAGUGGAGUGAGACACAUAAGUGACACAGUAUUCUUAGAGGCUGCCAAGACGCUUGCAGAGCAGCUGACAGAUGAAGAGCUGCAAGAAGGCAGACUUUAUCCUCCUCUCUCCAACAUCAGAGAGGUCUCUGUUCAGAUGGCGGUCAAGGUGGUGGAGUAUGUCUAUGCUAAAGGCAUGGCAUUUCGCUACCCUGAGCCAAUGGACAAGAACGGCCUUGUACGUUCUACUGUGUGGAACACCCACUACGACUCCUUCCUGCCAGACACCUACGACUGGCCAGGGGUCAGCUUCAGCCCCAAGACUGACUAGAAGUAGAACAGACCCGCACUGUGCCCCAUGUCACUCUUCCUUUGUUUUCCACUGAAAUCUCAGUCACAUAUCUUUGGAGAUGAUAAUAGUUGCAUUAGUGCAAACAUCUGCUUAUGAAAAAAGCCAGUAGAAGCCCCUUACUGCCACCAUGUUACUGCUAUUUGCACUAAACCAUGCAUCACACGUAAACCUGCACAGCACCUGGAUGGCCACCUGGUGGUGGAAAAAGGCAGUGUGGAAAUCUGAUAGAGUGGAUGAUAACAAAAAGCCAAAACAUUAUUGUAUGGUUAUUCCUACCACCUGUUUUAGUCAUAAAACACAUGGGAAUAAGUAACCUUUUGUUGGGAAAUACCAUUUGUUGUGUACACUCCUGAGUCCACUAACUAUUAAUCUGACUAUAUGUAGCUACCUAGAUUGCCAAACUUAAUUCACAGGUUUUAACAUGCAGUAUGGACAUUGCCUUUUUCCACAUCAAGUGGGCCUCUGGUGGUUUGACUGUUCCAACCAAUGCCCGACAUAUGCUUAAAGACUCCUUUUUAACCCGUGCUUCAAUUGGAUACAUUGGUUAUCAGAGAAGGUGUAGUAGACCCGAGUUAUAAAGAAUCCAGCCUUUUGAUCAAACUAGGGGAGAAAGAGAGGAAACAAUGUAACUGGAGAUAAUGAUGAGAUUUUAUAAUGGGAAAUUUAUAUCUAAAAACACAAAACGAAAGUACACUCCAGCAUUUCAUUUGUGUGAAUGCUUUUGUCACAUUUUCUUUAUUUCUAUGAAUUUAUUUUAUUUUAUUUUUAUUUUUGUGGGUUGUAUUUAGAUCGUGUGCUAUAUAGUCAUCAACACUCCUUUUAAUGAGUUGUAGUAAGAAGAAUUCAUCCCUAAAAAAAUUGCCUGUUUGCCUAAUUGUGAUCAAAUUUAAUAUAAACUAUACCCUAAAUAUUUAAAGAAACAAUGUGCAGUAUCAAUUGAUUGAAACCCUUUGAUACUACAGUUUCAAUUGUUAUUAUUUUUUGUUUUCUGAACAUGUCCUUUUGUAGAAACUAAAACUGUCUGCUGAAAGAGUAUUUUAUAAAGUUGUGACAUACAUGUGUGUUGGCAGGUUGGUGUGUGGGGUUUCGCUCCUUGGAACAUAUUCAACAGGACUCAUUAGUUGUCUUGUUAAAUAUGUUGAAUAGGCUAGGAUUCUAGUGAAUGUUCUGAUCUACUAUUAAUAACAAAUAAAAACAGUAACAUAGGCACGAUAUCUCAGAUUAACACAAGCUUUGCUCAUGUAGUAUAUCUAUUUUGCCUUUAUUUAGAGAUGGAAAUUUAGACAAUCCAAAUUUAUUUGAAAUCUAACUUUUAAUAAGGCAAUUCAGAAUGCUGUACAUGAGAAAUACAAGUAAUUAUGUCUUAUGUACAAAUUAAAAAAAUACAUCCCACCUCAUGAGAAACUAUCCUGUCGGAUACUUUGUGGUGAGCACUACAUACUUUCACGUGUGUAUAAAGACUUUCUGGUGGGCAAGACAAAUGUGUUGUUUUUUGUUUGUUUUUGGCUAAUGUCCCGUUAGGGGCUCUGUAAAAUAGAAGAUAAUUACAGUGCAGCUACAGUGCAGUCCAAGAUAAUAAUAAAUACCUAGAUCCAUUUAAUAAAAGGCAGUGGAAAAGUCUUUAAAUGAAAUGCAAAGUUUUCUGGGAGGUUGUUUCAGAUAUGUGGUACAAUUUACUCAUAAUUUACACUGUUGUCAUAAAAAGUUAGUGACCAAAUAGCACUACUCACAAACAUCUUGAAAUUGACAUCUUGACAUUUUGAUCUUUUAAUUCUCACCAAUGUGUGAAAAUAUAUUACUUGAUGCUAAAGGCCAGUGGUGCCUACAAGAUAAUUCGAUAGAUUGUUACUGGAUAUAUAUAUUUGUGAUGAAGAAGCAGUAGAGAAACAUUUUUCUGUUGACAAACAUUUUUAGAACAUUUCUUUUUGAUGUGGCAGGUCUACAUGUUGACAGUUGACUCAAAUCCAGUGAUCUCCUAUCAGCUACACAGUUAAAUAGUCAUAGUUACAGCAGAUGACAUCUACCUCAAGGUCAUGACAUGCAGUUCUCAAAGUAAGAUAUCUUACAACUAUAAUAUACAAUAUUAUAUUGUCAUAAUAUUUCACAUCUAUAUGUACAUGUCAUGCAGUGCACUUAUCUCAGUGAGACAUAGUAAUGACAGUCAACCAGGUUGUCUAUAAGAUCUUAAUAUUUUGCUUUGUGCUCUGACAAUCUUCUAUAGUGAACAAGCUAAAGAUCUGAAAUUGUGUUUAGUGUAAAAUUUGAGAAUAGAGAAACCCUGACCAUAUACUUACACACCUUCACAGCCUAAAUGUGUUUAAGCUGAAAAAAAUGGUUAAAUUAAAUUUACCAAUUACUAUUUCAUUUGUAGUAUUGUCUUUAAAUAUGUUUAAAUAUACUAGGCCUUUGUUUACAUUUUAGUCUCAGGAUAUUGUAUUAGGGCCUUUUAACCACCUGCAAGUGUCUGCACAAUGUUCAGUGUCUGUUCAUAAUCACUUACAUAAUGUAGACCUCACAGUCUGCUGCAGGCAGAGCUGGGAAACAACUCAACAGCACUAUGAAUAUUGAAAUACUGCUAGUUGUUUAGUACAAAAUGAUGUAACUGUGUGGUAUUCAGUGUGCAGCUUUUUCUCUGAUAGACUCUGCAGCUUCAGGUUGAAAACAAGUAAUAUAUUGUUAAAAGUUGUCUACUCAUACAUUAUGAAAUAGUUUUAUUAAAACGAAACUAUUUAGAAACAGUGUGACCCCUUUAAGCGUUGGCUCACGUGUCUAUCCACUUUUAUUUGUUUCUGUAAUGGUCUUUUUACUUGUUGAAUUUGGAGAUGGGUUCACUCGUGUAAAAGGAAAAUGUCCUACAUAUGUCAUUGCUAAAGUCUGUGUUUCUUAGGUUUAUUUUUGUUAUACAGUAAUAUUUCCUCAGCAUUUGUACGCAGAUAGCAGCAUGUUUGUGCUGCCUCUUAAUACCUAUGUGCAGAAUAAAAACUGUUUUAAACUGG